CCAGAGUAGGAGUCUGAGGAGCUGGGAGUGGAGGGAGCCGGCUCCAGACCAGCAACAGCACUGGAGCCACGACUGGGGGCCUGGACUCGCCUGGGGUCGCCUCACCUGCCCGUCUCUCAGCCCCAGGUGUUGACCCUCCCUCCGGAGACCACGCCUGCCGCCCCUCCGGCACAGAGAACAAACUUUCUUAGGAAGCCCGUGCUUGCUCAGGAGGCACAGACCGCUGGACAGACAGAUGACCAGAUGGACAGGGCAUCUGUGAGCCUGUCGGCCCAGCCUCGCCUCUGACAGACAGCAGCUGGGUGGGCCACCGAGGGGCAAAGGCUCCACCCCGGGCAGUGAGUGGCCUGCUGGACCUUGGUCGCCAGUGAGGCACCUCCGAGACUCUGAGACUCUGAGACGAGGCUGCUGGAAGCUGCCUGCCCCGGCCCAGCGCUGCGGCUGGAAGCCCCUGGGGCCAGGACGGUGUCCCCACCGAACAGAGCCACAGGCUCUACCCCCCACCGAGGCGACGGGUAACCUGAGUGAAAAGGCACAGGUGGCAGGUGGGCAGGCGAGGGACCCUGAGGCCAACAGGCUGCUGACCCUGGAGCAUUCUGGCUCUGGGCCCCCUGCCCAGACUGGGGAUGAUGCUGCCCUGGCCACCACCAGCCACCCCUGCCCCAUCCUGGAGCUGCCUCCAGCCUGGCCCCUGGGCUGUGGAGAUGUUCCAGCCUUCUGCUUCGUCUGCUUCCACAGGGAAGAGGAGGAGGAAGAGCCGCUGGAAGAGGUCCCGCUGCAGAGGGAGAAGAUGAGCGUGGGCUGCCCCGAGCCAGAGCCGCCCCGCGCCCUGCCCUGCUGUGGGCCAGGGACUGCCCCUGGGCUGGGUGCAGGCGUGCCCCUCCUCACGGAAGACAUGCAGGCGCUGACCCUGCGCACGCUGGCCGCUAGUGACGUCACCAACCACUACGAACUCGUCCGGGAACUGGGCAAGGGCACCUAUGGGAAAGUUGACCUAGUGGCCUACAAAGGCACAGGCAUGAAAAUGGCGCUGAAGUUUGUGAACAAGAGCAAAACCAAGCUGAAGAACUUCCUGCGGGAGGUGAGCAUCACCAACAGCCUCUCCUCCAGCCCCUUCAUCAUCAAGGUCUUCGACGUGGUGUUCGAGACGGAGGACUGCUAUGUCUUCGCCCAGGAGUAUGCGCCUGCCGGGGACCUGUUUGACAUCAUUCCUCCCCAGGUGGGGCUCCCGGAGGACACGGUGAAACGCUGCGUGCAGCAGCUAGGCCUGGCGCUGGACUUCAUGCACGGGCGGCAGCUGGUGCACCGCGACAUCAAACCCGAGAACGUGCUGCUGUUCGACCGCGAGUGCCGCCGCGUGAAGCUGGCCGACUUCGGCAUGACGCGGCGCGUGGGCUGCCGCGUGAAGCGCGUGAGCGGCACCAUCCCCUACACGGCGCCCGAGGUGUGCCAGGCGGGCCGCGCCGACGGCUUCGCGGUGGACACGGGCGUGGACGUGUGGGCCUUCGGCGUGCUCAUCUUCUGCGUGCUCACCGGGAACUUCCCGUGGGAGGCGGCGUCGGGCGCCGACGCCUUCUUCGAGGAGUUCGUGCGCUGGCAGCGGGGCCGCCUGCCCGGGCUGCCUUCGCAGUGGCGCCGCUUCACCGAGCCCGCGCUGCGCAUGUUCCAGCGCCUCCUGGCGCUCGAGCCUCUCGACAUCCUGUCGCCUGCAAUAACAAGGAAGCGAGACCCCAAGUAG